AUGUCGCCACCUUUGUCAACGCAGCCGCUCUAUGCGGUCGCCGACUUCUGCCUGAUCCCAAUGGGCACUCCCACCACCUCGGUUGGCGAGUACAUCACAGAAUGCCAGCGUGUGCUCGAAGAGAUGAAGGACGAAGGCAUCCGCUACGAAGUGCACGGCUACGGAACCAACCUGGAAGGCCUCUUUCCCGUCGUGAGCAAGGCGAUCGAGCGAUGCCACGAGGCGGUCCAUCGACUCGGCGCGCAGAGGAUCGCGACAGACGUCCGCAUCGGUACGCGCACCGACAAGCCGCCGCCGACGUCCCAAGGGCCCACCGAGAACCAGCGCAAGAAGCAGAGCGUGCUCAACCGCCUAAUGCAGGAAUGA